UACAUCUGUUGUAGGUACACAAUACAAUCUUGGAUCACAUUUUCCUUACCAUAUCGCCAUAUAUUUCAUCUGCUAUGAUUGGAAGGUAAUUUCUUGCAGCAACUGAAAUAGGAACAAACAAGCGUCAGACACUGCAGAUUUAGGAAAUGUACUUGAGAGAACAGAGAAAAUCUUUCCUGAAUUGUUGUAUUACAAUUCACGACUGGUUCUCAAUCCCAAAUUUCACUUCCUCUCCCCAUGGCUCCCAAAUUCCCAUGCCCAAUCUAUGAGGAUUCCAGUCUUCCAAUUCACCCUCCAUUUCUAUUCUCUAGACCCCAAGCUCAUCUCCAGUCCUCAACUGGUGCCAUCUAGUUCUUGCUCUCUUCUCACUAAUGCCAUCAGGAAGAAGGUACAGGAGCCUCAGGACUCACACCACCAGGUUCAGGAACAGCUAUUACCCUGCAGCCAUCAAGCUCUUCAACCAAAGCGGAUAACUUCACUCACCACCACACUGAAUGGUGGCUGGGGUCCUGUUGAAGUUUAUGAUCUCCAGCUGCUCUCAAACUGCAGUUCUUCACAGCAGUUCCCCCUCUCAGAACUUGCUCAGUGGCUCAGUGUUUUCAAUAUCUCCAGCCUACUGGGCCUGAACACCUCCCUCUGCAACUGGAUCCUAGACUUCCUGACUGGGAGACCUCAGUCAGUCCGGAUCGGGAGCAGCAUCUCCAACACCAUCACAAUGAGCACGGGACCCCCCCCCCAGGGCUGUGUGCUCAGUCCACUGCUGUUCACUCUGCUGACCCACGACUGUGCUGCAACACACAGCUCGAACCACAUCAUCAGGUUCGCCGAUGACACUACCGUGGUGGGUCUCAUCAGCAACAAUGAUGAGUCAGCUUACAGAGAGGAGGUGUAGUGGCUAACGGACUGGUGCAGAGCCAACAACCUGUCUCUGAAUGUGAACAAAACAAAAGUGAUGGUUAUUGACUUCAUGAGGACACGGAGCGACCACUCCCCGCUGAACAUCAACGGCUCCUCGGUAGAGAUCAUCAAGAGCACCAAAUUUCUUGGUGUUCACCUGGCUGAGAAUCUCACCUGGUCCCUCAACACCAGCUCCAUAGCAAAGAAAGCCCAGCAGUGUCUCUACUUUCUGCGAAGGCUGAGGGAAGUCCAUCUCCCACCCCCCAUCUUCAUCACAUUCUCCAGCGGUUGUAUUGAGAGCAUCCUGAGCAGCUGCAUCACUGCCUAGUUUGGAAAUUGCACCAUCUCAGAUUGCAAGACCCUGCAGUGGAUAGUGAGGUCAGCUGAGAAGACCAUCGGAGUCUCUCUUCCCGCCAUUACGGACAUUUACACUACACGCUGCAUCUGCAAAGCAAACAGCAUUAUGAAGGACCCCACGCACCCCUCAUACAAACUCUUCUUCCUCCUGCCGUCUGGGAAAAGGCAAUGAAGCAUUUGGGCUCUCACGACCAGACUAUGUAACAGUUUCAUCCCCCAAGUUAUCAGACUCCUCGAUACCCAGACCCUGGACUGACACCUUACUGCCCUA